AUGAACGCGGAUCAAAGCCAGGGCUCGGGGGCUGUCGUGGAAUGCAGGGAUCGCUUGGCCGUGGAGGAGCAGGGAGCGCAGCUGGAUCUAGCAACUGCUGGCGCGGGAGGCGGCGCCAAGCGCGACGAUGAGUGCGGCACGGUCGAAGGGCAGGGCGAUGAUGAGAUUGCCGGCUCGAAAGACUGCCCUGUGGCGCCGCGAAGCAACGAUCGUGAUCCGCCCGGCGACGAGGUGCAGCGGAGCCUGGCUCGCCAGGAGCAGGCGGACGACGUCGGCGCAGAGCGCCGCGGCGAUGAAACGCCUGGAUCGGCGCAUGUUGCGCGCCAGCACGCGCCGAGCGCACCGUCGCAUGAGCACCGCGGCGACUCCGCGCACUUAUGCUCGUGGUCGUCGUCGCACGAUCAGUCCGCCGACGUGACUGUUUGGCAUAUCACCUGCUGCGCCGGCCCCUCUGAGCCCCACCACUCCGCUGCCGCUGCAUCUCCGCCGCCCGCGCCAUCUUUGCCUCGCGAAUCCGCGGAGCCGCUGCAGUCAAGCACCGGCGAAGAAUCCGCACAGGUGAGGCGCGCUCGCUCGGAUUCGCGCGGCUGGAUCCUACACGUGCACUUGGGAGGAUGA